AUGUCAGGCCCCGCGAGUGUGAGGGUCUCGGGUCCUCCAAACAGCAGCUUUCUCGUGGGUUAUCCUGGUAUCUCCGCGACUCUGCCGCGCAUUGAAGGAAAAGUCGAGAUUCGCCCUGGCCAGGGCUUUUCCAUGCCCGUCCCCGUAUCUCUCGUUCGAAUAUGUCUCCAGCGCCGAGAAACAAUACACCCCGAUGCCGACAGCCUCACGAAGCGACACUUGGGCGCCCCUCGCCGCGAGACGACGGACCUGGUUGGCAAGGAGCAACUUCUCUUCCGCUGCUCUUCCGGAAAGGAAGCUGAGAGGAUAAUUGCCAUGGAUCUGCCGUUUGUUCUCUUCAUACCCUACGGUCGCGGUGGUGAGGAAUCAAAUAGACGUAUCCCGCCCGCGUCCCUCCAGCUGCCCAGCCGAACCGCCGAAACAUAUUACGAGCUCGUCGUCACGGUCCAGCAAGGCCACAGCAACCAGUACAAAUACACAUUUCCCAUACCGUUGCAGCGUUACGAUACACUCUCCACCUUUGGCAUGUACAAUAAGCCAGAAUCUAAGCUCGUCACCAACGACAACAUCGUGCAUCUCGGCAUCAAUCUACCACGGUGGAGCUACGGGCCCAGCGAUCCCAUUACAGUAUAUAUCAAGCUCUCACCAAACCUCGACUGGUUAAGUAAGGCAAAGCGCGUCACGAUUGACAAGAUCACCUUGACUGUCGAGGAGGAAAUCACAUAUAACCCCGAAGGCGAUGAGCCCUCAAAAAAGAUCAACAAGAUUUCAAGACAAGUACAAGUGGUCAAGACGAAGAUGCCCGAAGCAGGAUAUGCCACAAACGUUGGGCUAGUAUUUCCCUCCAAAGAUCUGCGAGAUCAAGAAGGCGUUGUCAAGCGAGGCAAACCUCAAUUUCCUACUUACGAAGUUACAUCUUUUACCACAACUUCAACGCUGUACAAAAUCGAAUUCUACUUGGUUAUUAAGGUCAAUCUUAGUGGUGCCCGAGAUGUAACCAUACGACAACCGAUUGUCAUCUGCCCCCUCGAUCAGCAAGCCUGUAAGGAAGAAAUGGAUGCCAUCGAACAAGCCGCAAAGGAUGCUUCACACGUCGACCCCAACAAUCCCAUGCUCCCCGCACCAACUGUCAUUCUGGCCAACGACCGCGAUUCAUUACGAGCAUUGGGACUUUGCAUGGUGGGAGGCCAGAAGAAGCCAUUCAUUGAGUGA